AUGUUUAUUACGGAUGCCAACGCGGGCAAGGGGAUUUUGGCACGUCCGAUCUUCGACUUGUCUCGCAUCAACAAAUGCACAAAGCGAGUACCUUGGGUGCAGCCGGACUUGCAACAAUUUCUUCAAUUUGCUGCUAUGUUCGCGUUGCAUUUCAAAGCCGAUUUCGUCUGGGGCUUCAACCAAUUGAAGCUUGCGCCGGAGACGCGCGAAGAAUUCGGCAUCACAUUCAGCGGCAAGAUCUACGAACCACUCGCUGUUGGCUUCGGCGGCAGCGAAUUUCCGCCUGCCUUUCAAGCAGAAGUCCAGACGGAUAUCCAAGAACACGAAGAAUACUGUCGAAACUAUCUCGACGAUGUUUAUGCCGGAACCAAGGUGCCAGCGGGAAAACCGAUUACCAAGGAUCACAUGCUUGCACGUCUCAAGAUGGUGCGCAGUGUCCUUACCUCUCUGAAUAGACGCAAGUGGCUUUUGAACUGGGACAAGACAUUUUUGGUCGAGACCCAGAUGGAGUUACUUGGGCAUCGAAUUGCGCGUGGUAUCGGUGUUGAACCACGACGCAAAGCGGCAAUGCAGGAUUUGUCGAAUCCUACCAACCUCGACGAGGUCAACAGCUACCGACGCAUGGGAGUUUGGAUUCGUAAAUUUGUUCCGAAUUUGGCCGAACUUGUGGCACCGUUGAACAAGUAUUCGCGCAAGGGCAUGACCUACGAAAUGUUUAAGAAUGACACUUCGGCAAACGAGGCCAUCCAAUACAUCCGUAAGACGGUGAGCAGCAUCGAGUACCAUGCACCUAGGUCCGACUGGGACUUUACGCUUUGCGUUGAUAGCAGCGAUGCUUGCUCAGCUUGGUGGCUUUGGCAGGAACCUGCAAUCGGAGAUGACGGAACGCCGAUUCUGAUCGACAGCGGUUAUUACGCAUUCAAGGAGGACUAUGAGCUCUUCCAGACUGUCACGGAGAAAGAGCUUUACGCGCUCUUCGACGGCGUUACUGGCUCCGCUCUUCGACGGCGUUACUGGCUCCAAGAAAUGGGUCCGCGACAGUACUUGUCGAGUCUGUCGUGA